AUGUCUUCAAACAGCACUCCGGUCGGCUGCGGCGCCGACGUGCUCUCGCUGUACUACGCCCUGUGCGACCUGGGCGCCGCCUGGGGGGUGGUGCUGGAGGCCGUGGCGGCGGCCGGCGCCGUGGCGUCCGCCGUGCUCUUCAUCUCGCUGCUGGCCAGCCUGCCCUUCGUCACGGACGGCGCCCGCCGCAGCUCGGUGGCGCUCCACGCCUUCUUCCUGGUGGGCGCCGCCGGCCUCUUCCUCCUCGCCUUCGCCUUCAUCGUGGGAAAGGACUUCUCCACCUGCGCGUCGCGGCGGUUCCUGUUCGGCGUUCUGUUCGCCGGCUGCUUCUCCUGCCUGCUGAUGCAGGCCGUGCGGCUGAACGUCCUGUCCCGGCGCGGCGCGGCGCCGCGGGCGUGGCCGCUGUGCCUGGGCGCGCUGGCGCUCUGGCUGGUGGAGGUCGUCAUCAACGCCGAGUGGCUGAUCGUCACCGUGGUGCGCCACCCGCUCCGCCCGCUCAACGCCACGGGAGGCGCCGCCGCCACGCCCUGCAACAUCGCCAACCAGGACUUCGCCAUGGCGCUCAUCUACGUCGUGGCGCUGAUGGCGGCGGCGCUGGCGGCCGGCCUGGCCGUCAUGGCAGGCGGGAGCUCCAGGUGGAGGAAGGACGGAGGCCUCAUCUUCCUCACCGGCCUGCUGUCCGCCGCCAUCUGGGUGGCGUGGAUCGUCAUGUACGUGUUCGGGAACGAGCGGACCGGGGGGCCGGCCUGGGACGACCCCACGCUGGCCAUCGCCUUGGUGUCCAACGCCUGGACCUUCGUCCUCCUCCACACCGUCCCCGAGAUCUGCCGCCUCACCGGGGACGCCGAGAACCGGCAGGACCCCGGACAGGACCUGUACCCCGGCCGGGCCGUCGGCUACGAGACCAUCCUGAAGGAGCAGAGCGCCCAGAACGUGUUUGUGGAAAACAAGGCCUUCUCCAUGGAUGAGGACCCGCAAGGGGCCAAUCCGGUGUCUCCGUACAGCGGCUACACCGGGCAGCCGCGCAGCUCCGUGUACCAACCCACCGAGCUGGCGCUCAUCAGCAAGGCAGCAGGUGUGCAGCCCCCACAGGACUCAUAUGACAUCAUCAUUCCCAGAGCCUCUGCUGGCUCCGCCCACCGUGGGAGGAGCUCGCCGUCCACGCAUGCUGAGAGCGCCGCCCACACCCAGCCCAGUGGUCCGGUCCUUCACAGGACGUCCCAGUGGUGAAGACGUGG